AUGCCCGUCCUGUUCGAUCGGGAGGAGGAUGGCUCCGUCUGCUACUAUGAAGACGAGGAGGCCAGAGAUAAAAUAGACAAGGGCGUCGAGAUUACCAUCAUUGUGGGCAUGGCCAUCGUCUUCUUACUUCUCCUAGCUCUCUUCCUGUCCAAGUGCACUACCAGAUCUAAGCCUCCUAAGCAGAUCUCGUACCAGAACAAUCCGGCUAACAGGGAUAGUUACGAAAUGCAGCCGCAACAGGGCUGGGCAGGCGGCUACCAUCCGCCACAACCGCUAGUAGCGUAUAGGUACCGUCCCGAGCUAGAGCCGCAAUCUCCACCUAGGUUUAGAAACAAGCUGAGAAAUGAGAGAAAGGAGAAGAAGGAGAAAGAAAACAAGAAGAAUAAAAACGACAAGCCGAGAAAGAAAUCUAGAAGAAAAAAGUAUUUCGGCCUUUUCGCCCGCAUUUUAGGGCUCAAGAGGCGCAGCCGCAUCCGCGCUACUAGCCCUCCUAAGUUUAAGUCCUGUAGCGGCAAAUCCACUAGUUCUGGGUCUAGGUUCGCUGGGGGUUCUUCGACUGACACGAGCCCCGAGUCUGACGGCCACAAUCCUCGUCCUCAGCGUCCUAUGCCAGCGCAGCCGCCUCCCAAGUUUAGUGUCUACGAUCCUCCCGGGUCGGUGUGGCCUCCCAAGUUUGUCGACUACAACUCUCCCGCGACAGCUUAG